AUGUCCUCACCCGAAUAUGUCACUCUAGUAUCAGGGGACGGGUUCGAAUUCAUCAUUCCGCGAAGCACAGCUUGCGUCUCUGGGACGAUCCGUCGCAUGCUAGACCAGUCGAGUAACUUUUCGGAAGCGAUUACGGGACGUUGUGUGCUAGAGAACAUCAGGCAGGUCAUUAAGACAAUUGGGGUCGUCCUCGAAAAGGUCUGCGAAUAUUUCUGCUACAAUGAGAAGAACAAAGAACAAGCCAACGUGCCGGACAUGGAUAUCUCACCGGAACUCUGCCUAGAACUCCUGAUGGCGGCGGAUUACCUGGAUACGUAA